GAAAACGUCACUGUGAUCCAGCGCAUACGCACAAAUCCAAAAGACCCUGUAACAGGCAAAACCCACAAGUGACUCGAUAUCGUUGAAGAGCUCACGGAUCAAACUUCUACAGUAACUUUUCGGUUCAGUAAAUCGACAGAUCAAAGAUUAUACGCGACAUGGCUACUCUCUACUCUUUCAAGAACAAGAACGAGCUUUCGGUGUCGCUUGCGGAGUAUGUGAAGAAGGUCUCGGCUGAGGCCAUUGCGCGUCAUGGAAAGUGUAUGGUUGCGAUUUCUGGUGGAAGUUUGCCCAAGAUGCUUGCGCAGGAGUUGAUUACUGAGGAGGGCAAGGCCGCUGUUGAGUGGUCCAAAUGGGAGGUUUUCUUCGCUGACGAGCGUGCUGUUCCUCUUGACCACGAGGACUCCAACUACCGCCUCAACAUGGAGGAGCUCUUCUCCAAGCUUCCCAUGGACCCCUCCCAGGUCCACCCCAUCGACGCCUCCCUCAUUUCCGGCGAGGACGGCUCUGAAACCGACACUACUGAGCUCGCGGACGCUUACGAGAAGGUCCUCGUCAAGUGCUUUGCUCCCGGAGAUGCCGUGAGACACCCCACAUUCGACUUGGUCCUCCUCGGCAUGGGCCCUGACGGUCACUGCUGCUCUCUUUUCCCUGGCCACGAGCUGCUGCGGGAAUCUGUCGCCUGGGUUGUCGGUAUCGACGACUCGCCCAAGCCCCCAUCCAAGCGUAUCACCCUUACCUUGCCCAUCGUCGGCCACGCCAACAAGAUCGCUUUCGUUGCCGCUGGUGAGGGUAAGAGGGAUAUGUUGAGGAGAAUUAUUGAGAACCCCGAGGAGGGUUUGCCGUGUACGUUGGUGAACAUUACUGGUGGUGAGAAGGUCUCUUGGUUCGUGGAUGAUGAGGCGAGUCAGGACAUCACCCACUACCCUAUCCGAAAGGAGUUGAACUUGGCGAACAUCUAAGCGAGUUACGGAAGAUCUGGAGGCGACUCGAUAGCUUAGCGAAGGAUUUGAGAGUGGGUUGAUUAGCCAAAGUUAAGGUGGAUGGAGCUACGAUUAUGGAUAUGACAUCUUAUAGAGCUGAAGUCGCAG